AACCAAAAUAAAUAUUAAUUUAAAAUAAUAGUUAUAUUUUAGGAGAUUAAAAACAAAAAAAUAACUUAAAACCGAACCGAUAUCCAGAUUAAAUAGAUUUGUUUUUUUUUUAUUAAAAAUAACAAAACUAAUAAUCACAUCCCGCGCAAGGCGCGGGUUAUUACCUAGUUUAUAUGAUUUUUAAUACACCUGUUUUUCUAAAUGUGAGUUUCUGAUUGAUGAUGAUGUUCGAAGAGUUGGUUAAAUAAUAUAAGUGUCGAAUACUAUCCAUAUACAAGUAUGGGUUGGUUUAUUUAACAACGUAACUAGUUAUCUGUCUAACGCCUAAACUUUAAUUCUAUUGGAGAACUAUAUUUAGUAUUAACACAUUUUAACAAAUAGAAUCUUACCCUGUUUUUUUCUUUCUUUCUGAAACCCUGUGUAACUGCGUUCCAAAAAAGUGUUUUUUUUUUUAUAAAAAAGAGAGAGUUGUGCCCUGGUUUUUAAAUGCAUUAUUGCUAUCGCUUUUACAUUCUAGUAAAUCAGAUACUUUGAGAUAAUAUUAUAUUUUAAUUAGAAAUAAUAAUUGUGAAAUAACUACAAUAACUGUGGAAUAAUAAUUAGCCAUCAUAUUUAUUUUGUAAAAUUUGAUUCAUUUUAUAUGCAUGAUGAUCAGUACUGAUCGGUAGACUAAAAUUACCAAUAAGAAACGAUUGAGUCAUAGGAGGUUAGAGUUUUCAACUAUUUAUCAGAAAACAGUGGCAAAUCCAACACUGUGAAAUUAUAUUAUUAGAAAUUUUGAUUAGUGAUAACUCACCCAAUCCAGGUUGACAAUUUGUUAAUUUAUUUAUACAGUUUAUAACAUUAGUUGAUGACUAAUUCAAAGGGUAUCAUUAGCCGGAAAAACGCACCAUGUUUAUUUGAAUCAUAAAAAUAAAAGAGUAUAAUUUAAAAUGUUUAUCGAUAUGUACAUAUAUAAGUUAAAACAUAGCUAUUUGGUAAUUAUGAACUAUAUUAAACAAAAUAUAUCUUCCUUCGAAAAGAAAAAAAAAAACGCUUGUUUUUGGUUUGUUUGACUUAAUUAAAUCUCUUUUUUCUCGCUACUCAAUACAUAUUUUUGUUUUAAAAUAUUUCGCGCCUUAUAGGUCACGUACCUUGGAAACUCAGCAAGUGUAAAUGCAUAUGGACCAACACUGGUCUGACUAUUGAAGUGAUAUAUUAAAAAGGAAAAAAAUCGAUCUUCCUCUGAUUCGCACUAUAAAUAUAGAGCAGAACCAAGCACAAAUGGAACAACCAAACCAAAGUUGCUUUCUAGUUCGUUGAAAACCAACAAGAGAACUUCAAUGGCUACUCACUCAAGAUUUUUAUACGUGCUUCUUCUUCUUUCAUGCAUUGUUUUUGCAUUGAUUGCGGAGAGUUCUGGAGAUAAUGUGGAGAAUAAAAAUGAGGAUGAUGAUUGUUCUUCGUGGAGUUGGCGUGGAUGCGGCAGUUUUUAUAGACAACCUUCCAAAACAUAUGGUGCUGGAUAUGGUGGUGAAAGGUAUGGCCAUGGAGAAAGGUAUGGAGCUGGUAUGAAUGGUUAUGGUGGUGGCUAUGGUGGUGGUGGUGGCGGCGGAGAAGGUGGUGGUGCCAAUGGAGGAUCAGGUCAUGGAAGUGGAUCCGGCGCGGGUGCUGGUGUUGGAGUUGGUGGAGCAGCAGGUGGAGCAGGAGGAGGUGGAGGCGGCGGGGGUGGAGAAGGUGGUGGUUCCAAUGGAGGAUCAGGUCAUGGAAGCGGAUCUGGCGCAGGUGCUGGUGUUGGUGUUAGUAAAGCAGGGGGUGGAGCAGGAGGAGGUGGAGGAGGCGGGGGAGGAGAAGGCGGUGGUGCAAAUGGAGGAUCGGGUCAUGGAAGUGGAUCCGGCGCGGGUGCUGGUGCUGGUGUUGGAGUUGGUGGAGCAGGAGGAGGUGGAGGAGGCGGCGGCGGUGAAGGUGGUGGUGGUGGUGCCAAGGGAGGAUCAGGUCAUGGAAGCGGAUCCGGCGCUGGUGCUGGUGUUGCAGUUGGUGGAAUAUCGGGUGGUGCAGGAGGAGGUGGAGGAGGCGGGGGUGGAGAAGGUGUUGGUGCCAAUGGAGGAUCGGGUCAUGGAAGCGGAUCAGGCGCGGGUGCUGGUGGCGGAGUUGGUGGAGCAGCGGGUGGAGCAGGAGGAGGUGGAGGGGGUGGGGGUGGAGAAGGUGGUGGUACCAAUGGAGGUUCUGGUCAUGGAAGCGGAUCCGGUGCUGGUGCUGGUGUUGGAGUUGGUGGAGCAGGGGGUGGAGGUGGAGGAGGUGGUGGCGGAGAAGGCGGUGGUGCCAAUGGAGGAUCCGGUCAUGGAAGUGGAUCAGGGGCUGGUGCUGGUGUUGGAGUUGGAGGAGCAGGAGGAGGUGGAGGUGGUGGUGGUGGAGAAGGUGGUGCUGCCAACGGAGGUUCUGGUCACGGAAGCGGAUCCGGUGCUGGUGCUGGUGUUGGAGCAGCAGGUGGAGCAGGUGGAGGUGGUGGUGGAGGAGGUGCUGGUUCCGGCAAUGGAUAUGGUUACGGUAGUGGUUAUGGUGCUGGUUUUGGUAUGGGUAAAGGUAGUGGUAGUGGAGGAGGUGGCGGUGGAGGUGGUGGUGGUGGUGGUGGUGGUGGGGGUAGCGGUGGAGGAAGUGGAAGUGGGAGUGGAAGAGGAGAAGGAUAUGGGACGGGAGGAGGAACCGGUAUAAGCAAUGGAGGAGGAGUAGGAGUAGGGUUUGGAAUGGGUAUUGGCUUUGGUAUUGGCAUUGGAGGAGGAAGUGGUGGUGGUGCCACUUAUCAAACCAAUAUCAACGGAGAGAAAAAUUCUCCUUAAGGAAUAUGGAGGCGAUAGAUAUCUAUCUCACUGUCAACUCCAUUUGAUAAGGAUUUUCGUUUUAAUUUUUGAUUUUUAGUUAUUUUAUGUAAUAAAUCUCAUCGAUAAAAUCAUGUACGAUGAAUUCAUUUUCCAACAUAAUAAAAUUACAGGACUUUGUUUUAACUA